CACCUCGGUUCAUCACACUUCACUGCAGUCCAAGGCCUCGGCUCUCGAGAUACCCCUCACUGCGGCUUCUGCUAGUGAAAAGAGAGAUUCUCAGCGCCCCUCCUGAAAGAGAGAUAGAAAGAAGAAGACGAUGGCAACAAUGGUGAGGGGCGCCAGGAUGCCUGCUGCUGCACGGUCGUCGGCGGCGGGGAGGAACAAGAAGCUCCGGAAGCCGUACACGAUCACGAGGCCGCGGGAGAGGUGGACCGACGAGGAGCACCAACGGUUCGUCCACGCCCUGCACAUAUUCGGCCGUGACUGGAAGAGCAUCGAGGCCUUGGUGGCGACCAAGACGAGCGUGCAGAUCCGCAGCCACGCGCAGAAGCACUUUCUCAAGGCCCAGAAGCUCGGCCUCGGGUCGUGCCUGCCGCCGCCGCUUCACCCUCGCCGCGCCGCGGCCCUCCGCCAGCAGCCGCCGGCCCACCCUGACGCCGACAUGCUGGCGCCGAGCAUGGAUUGGGCAUGCGCCGCGCCUGGAUCCCGCUGGCCGGACCUCGAUGCGCCGGGCGCCGGAGAGUGUCCGUCCGCCGAUGCCCUGGCCCUGCACCUGCAGGACGAAACCGUUCAGCUCCCACUGUCUCCCCACGACCCGCGCUUCGCUCUGGUCUACCGGUUCGUCGGCGACGUCUUCGCCGCCGACGCAGCUGUCCCGGUCGAUGCGCAACUCCAGAGGCUUCAGCUGCAGGGCGUCGACCCCGUCGUCGUGGACACGAUCUUGGUGGUGCUAAGGAAUCUGGAAGCGAACCUGUGUGCCUAGGACUCUGCGAACGGCAUGGUUUCUUUCUUAUCGUCAGAGAAUCCGGAGCACGUUCGGUCACAUGGAUGGACGGACGGUUUUAGUUUCAUGAAGUUAGUUAAUUUUAUGCAGAAAACUAAUUGAUGUGUAGAAAGAGAAACAUGUUCAUGUGAAAAAAGAGUUCGUUUGAAUUAGCCUUAUCCGCUCACUUAGGCUAUGUACAGUGUUUGAUACGAUAUGUUUUCUUAUUCAUAGGGUUUAAAUAAGACUUCACUCUAUUUCAUAGGAGUACCAUGCAGAGAAGAUAAAAAAACAUGUUAUACGAUA